CGGAGUUAAAAUGCCAAGAAAACUUCAGAAAAGCAAAGCAAUUUUUAAGUUUUUCUCAAUCUUCGGAUUUUGAGAACUAUUUCAUGGUUUUUAUCUGGGCCAGAUUUAUCGUAUGCGGAAUAGUUUUCAUCCUGUAUCGAUAGUUCGUACCUUCUAAUUUUCUUGCUCGCCGUUAAGAUGUCGCACAGAGCGCCGACCGAGAAUUUCCCUCUGGAUCGCAAGUACGACGAGUUCGCUGAUCCAGCUAAUCGUAUCUUCGCCCCGGCGCCAUCCACUGGUGAUCGAUUUAAGAAGCAGUUUACUGAAAUGGGAGUAUUUCCCCUCGCUAUUACGGCUUUUACAGCGAUGGCGGCAUAUGGCGCACAGACUUUUGCUGAGAGAACUCGGAAACAUCAUCAUUUAUGCUUACAGAUGUCAGCGCGAUCCUGGGUUCGCGAGCUCGCCCUUCUUGGUUCCUUGAAUAAUGCAAAACUACAUAUGCGUAAUGCAGCUUCGUUAUUUGGCUCAGGAAUUUACAAGUACCGUCGACUUCCGCAAAGGGAUGCUAUUAGCACUACGCUGUACUUCACCGGAUUGCGUAUUGCAGCGCAGAGUAUGGCCGUGGGAAUUAUUGCCGUGGGAGCGGUUAGUCAUUUUAUUAAGAACUAUAAUGCCACUCCGGAAGAGCGUGCUGCCGCCCACCGCUGAUGCGCUUCCAACCAGGGUCACCAGGAUUGUCUUUAAUUCGUUUUAAUUUUGCGGAAAGAGUACUAGAGGCUGAAAGCAUAUUGGAUUAUUGAUGUUGGUUGAUUGGUUUACUUCAUUGGUCAAUUAGACUUCGGAGUGCGUGGUGUUUGUUCGCUGUUCUGGGAAUUGUUUCCCCCGUGAUCAUUACUUAAUGGUCUGAUGCUGCUGUUUUGCUGGCGGGUAUGGAUGCUUGUUAAUUGAUUGGUAGUGAAUUUAAAAGAAAAAUUGUUCCUUCUUUUUAAUCAUUCAUUUAUGGAUUGGAUUCCAGAUCAUCUUUGAUGACAGCGAGUCCUUAAUAAUUGACAAUAAAUGGGGUGCAAACGAUAAA